AAAUUACUUACUAUUACUAAUAUAAUAAGUUUGACACAAGGCAAGAGAUUCAAGAGAUAAAUACUUGAGACUUGACUAUUCAGUAAAAAAGUUUUUUUUAAACACUAACAAAUUACUUACAGUAGAUACUUAUUGUCUCAAAAUAUCGUGUUUAUUUUCUAGUCGUGACCUUUGCCACCUGCACCUGUCAGAAGGUGCUAUUCCGAUUCUUUGCACCAGCAUUAACAGUCGAACUAAGCACAAUUUAUUGCCCCAUCCUUCGAUCAGUAAACUUAGAAGUGAUUCAACUAUCUUUCAAUUAGAUUCAUUCAUAUCAACUGAAAAUCAGCUUCCUCUUCCUGACAGCAGACUUGGCAGGUGAAGCUUGUCAUAAUGGAAGCACUCCGCCAAAAACUUACAAAAAUGAAGGAGGAAGGUCUACAGCGCACAGCUGCAAAACAAAAGGAAAGGUUUCUCUACUUAACGGAAAUGAGUCGUGCGAAAGCCCAACAAAAAAAGCUCAAAAAGCUCCAAGAGCUCAAAGAAGUUGAACUUUUUAAAUUAGCUAGAGAGGUUUGCCAAGGUAGGCAUUUGGAAAUUAAACUAGAAAAGUGUGAUCAUAGAAAACGUAACUUCAGACAACGCAACAAAGAUCAACAUUUUCAUGAAUCCUUGUCUGACCACUCAAGUGACAUCAGUGAACCUGAAGAAGACUCUGUCGAUAGUGACUACGAACCUUCGAACUCUGAAGAUGAUAAUGGUUUCGAGAAGGAGGUUGAAAGAUCCGGCAGUUCUGAUACUGACUGCGUAGCUUCAAGCUCUGAAGAUGAUGAAGGUCUCAAAAAGGAGGUUCAAUCUAAAAUCAGUAGUAGUAAUAAGUGGGCUCAACCUGUUUUAGUAUUGCAACGAUGUAAGAAUCCUCGUCUAAGCUUGACCCAAUCGGCAGAGAAAGUAGGGAAAGCAAAAGCUGAAGCGUACUUAAAUGACUUUAAAAAAAUUCCCUUGGUUAUUCUUGAAAGAAAUGAUUGGUGUGGAAAAAGAAAAAUCAUUUUACACUCACAAUUAGGAAAUGAAAAUAAGGAUAAACUGCCUGCUGGGCAAAAAAGCAAUUGUGAAACGCGGUUUCGCACAAUUAAGAAACAGAAAAACCUUAGCAUUGAAAAUUAUCCACCCACUAAUUCCGACAUCGAUGAAUGUGAAGUCGUCAAGCGCACCUCCAAUAGACUGAGUUCAAGGAAGGAAGAAAAAAGAGCAGACAAGUUUUCUUCUCGUACAGGCGUACAAAAUCUAAGAUCCUACAGACGGCAGGGCCCCAAGUAAACCUCUAAAUUUUGAGGACCUCUUUGAUAGAGAAAAAGAGCUACCAACAAUGUUUGAUAAGUGAAAGAAAAUAUUAUUUCUAGCUGAAAAUUGGGACUUUCUCUUGAUAAGUUGCAGCCUGCCUUGAAAUAUAUCUUUUUUCCCCAUUUUUCUCAAAAAUAUUUUUACUUUUGUAGUCUGGUACUUCCUCUAUUUUGAUUGAUUAUGUAGGGUGGUUUUGCAUCGGCAAAUACUCAUGAGCUAGUUUUCUAGAAAAAUGGAAAACAUUUCUGUAUUUCAAGAGGUAUGUCUGUACACAUUUCUACUAUUGUAUCGGAUGUAUGAGGCAGUCUCAUGCUCAGCCAUGGUAAUGUGUAAUUAACAGGAAAAAGUAUGUAAUUGAAAUACCGCAAUGAAGUUAUAUAAAUAACCUCUUGAGACCCUUGCGAUAAUAAAGUAGGUAUGUACAUCCUAGUUCAAUUUUCAAAAAAAAAAAAAUCUAGAACAUCAUAUUGCUGAAAGCUGAAAAGAAAAUUUUCUGCCAGCCUUCAAAGGACUCCAUUAAUACAUAUAUUUAUGUAUUCAGCAUGUAUUUAUUUAUUUAGAAAAUUUUCUUUUUUUCUAUAAAGAAUUACUCCGUCACAGUGAGUUUAUUAUUGAAUUUUCGUGCAUCGUUAUCUUGUCACUCAUGUACCUAAACUGCCCUGUUAAGCAAAAGCACUCGUGAAGAAUACAUUUUCAGUGAAAAAUGACUUAAACUCUGGUUCAAUUGCAAAGCAUCUUUUGAACUGGUCCUAUUUUCAUCCUGAUUUUUCUCUUGAGUCUUGAUAUUUCUUUUGUUACAUUUUUGCAUAAUUUUACUCCCCCAAACACCUACAAUUAUAUUUGAAAAUAAUCGGAGAGGUAUCAAUAAGGGCCUUUUUUAGCCCCCUCCAGAAUCUGGAAACUUAUGCGGGUUUUCCAAGUUGACUCAAUGCAGUUUGCAGGAAUAAUCAUGAUUUGGUCCACUGGAUACAUGUUAAAUGGUUGCCUGAACGUAGGUCUGCAGUUGCAGUUUAGCGGAAAAUGGGUGUUUUUCUAUUACUCCGAGGCUUUUUUGACACCGAGCACAUUGUCUAACCAAAACGAGCUUUUGAUAUGUUAUCAAGGAGGCUUUAGGACUCGCUUUAACCCUGGUUUGGUUUUAGCUAGAUGAUCAGCUCAUAGCUAAAAACAACUUUAUCAAAAGUCGACUUUUAAGGGACAUCCGCAAAAAUCUUAGAGAAACACGUCUCUCCAACUGUAUGAGCGUGGCUAAGUCCAUACUUUUGGUCUCUCUUGGGAACUUUCCGUGCUCUGAUGGGGGAUUAUCCUGUAAAGUGUAAUGAAGUUCGAAUAUUUGAAGAAAAAAAAGUUCUAAAAUUUUGAAUGAGCUUUUCGCUAAGUACAGAGUAUAUUACACAGCAAGUUUCAUAUGAAGAAGCUUAGUUACUUUAAAAGAAAACAAAACAAUAAUGCAGACUCUAUAAAGCUUUUGUGAGAGUUGACUCAGAGCUUUUUCAUAAAAUGUAGGGGGCUGAGGGUUCAGAAUUUUGUUGUCCCCAACCAAGAGUUUUAAGGGCCGUACUAAAAAUUUCGAGUUUCUACCUCCAGCAGUUUGAAAAACAUCUGACCAAUGCAAAACUUCAAUGGAAUCCUUGAGUCGCAGACUAGUUUGCAUCAAAAUGAUCGGAAGAAUUUUCCGUGGGUGGCAUUUUGUUUGACAGUUCUGAUAUUUUAGCUACCUGUAGCAACAGUUGAAGCCCAUGUGGAAAACUAACUAUGAUAAUGGAUUUUUAAUUUAAAGCUGUGCGUGCUUAUCUGUUUAAUUAUUAGAUAAAGAAAAGCUAGCAGUCAAUAUUAGCAGCAAUCUGAUGCCUUAGAAAAUCGUUCUCCUGCUUAGAGGAUGCUUAUACCUUGUUCGUGGUCGCUGCUCAACAAAGUUCAGACACAAAUUAGAGAGAUUGACUUCAAGUGAUACAUUCACUAGGUGUGCUCACCUCUAUUUUUGAAUAACUACGAUUUAGAAACAAAUAACAAGUGAAAAGCUACCUGUAAGAAUGCUUCUUCUGUCCUCGUUAAAAGUGGCUGACUGGACACAUAGUUUCACGCCUGCCCACUAAAUGCAGGGGUGCUCAAUGUGCUCAUGGAUAACUUCAUUACAGGCGAAGGCAUUUCCUCCUUCUUCAAGCUCCUGAAGAGCAUUUUUCACUGCACCAUUCUCCACAUUAUUGAUGUUGUAAGGGAGAUUUGGACGUUUUUCCGAUAUCAUUUGAUAUAAAAAGGGACUGAAAAACUCAGAAUUUUAUUCAGGAUGGCUAUUUGUAGGACCUGCCCUACAAAUUUGUACCUUCCGUCCGCCAAAUUGUGCAUGUUUAAGCCUAAGAGUUUGGCAUAAUUGGUUCCCUCAAAAAGGGAUAGAUCGUUUUUUAGUUCGUUUAGUAACAAUCUGAGGCAAUCUGUUUUAAGAGCGCUGCAGUCAGUUCCCUCUUCACCUGAGAAUGUCACUCUCAAAUCUAUUAAGACAGAAAAGGAAGGCUCUCUGAAUAGAGCAUAGAAUUGUGCUGAAAUGGUGUCCCUGUUAAUUGUUAAUCUCAGUUUUUUUAAAAGCAGCUCAAAAUGCUCCAUGAAUGCUACUGGUGAACUGAGAUUGUGUUGGUUCUGUUCCUUUUUGUUGCUUUUUUUAAGGCUACGUCUUGGGGUACUUUCUCUAUAAAGACAACUUCAUCAGAAGAAAGGAUAUGGCUUGAUCUAGCCUCCGUAAGGAUGUCAUCAUCAUUGAGUUCAAGCAAGGUUGGAGAAUCAUGUAAAGGCAAUUUAUCUUCAGGAAUUUCAUCUCUUAUAGUGUAAAAUUGUGUUCGCCCUUCAUCAUCAAUAUGUAUAGGAGAGGGUUAUUGAUUUUGAUCUUUUAUAAUGUCUUGCAUUGGUCUAAUGUAGACAAUGCUGUUUGUAUUUUCACUUAAGAAGGCACCAUCAAUCUCUUCUUCAUCGAGAUUAAAUGGUUUGAAGGAUUUUCCAUUGAAUCUAAUAAACAUAAUUUUAAUGCUUUCGGGCAUAACACUUUUGAAGUACUUUCGUAGGUCUUGUGUUUCAAAGCCUGGUUUGACCAGCCUCGGUCCAGUUUCCUAUGGUCCAAGACGAAUCCUGUGCUUUCUAGCCUGUCUCUGUUUUCUGACGAGAGUUCAGUGGCGGAUGCUUUAUCCAGGAGAAACAUUUUCCUAUUGAAAGGUUUCUCUUUAGUGUCUGCUAUUUUUAAUCGUUUACAAUUAAAAGUACCAACUGCGGCAGGUCUGUUUGAGGGGGGAAAGAGUCUUGGACCGUUUGCAAGGGGUGCUGGCUGUCUGGUUCCCAGAUAUGGUACAAUUCCUGUAUGGCUGAACAGAUUUGCAUUUCUUGCAGGCUCAAGAUUUUGACUCCGAAAAGGAAGACUGCUGGCAGGGUCGCUGCAGGACUGAACAUGCCGAUUAUGAGUUGCAAAAGGUGGCCUACUCGGUGUUUCAUUAAAUCUCUCUGAACGCUGAGGCGGAAUAUAGGGAUGGUGGUGAAUGACGGCGCCCACUGCUCCAUUGCUCUCAGGCAGCUGAUUCUGCCUAAGUUCAAGGAUAGCACCACGGAUGGCGUCCUCGAUUACUCCUCUCACUUGUGCACUUAGGUCUUGAUUAGAAUCUGGGAAAAUUA